AUAAAUUAAUGUUUAUCUUCAUCUCUCACCAAAAUUAUUAGGUCCUUGUAAAGCAUCCAAAAGAACGUAUGACUUUAAUUUAGAGACAUGUGUUAUACGUAAAAUAAGAUGUCUGCUGCGAGAUCGGAUAAUUUCGAAGAACUACUUAUAAAACACGAACUUGUCGGUCGGGGUUCUUUCGGUGAAGUUUUUAAAGGUAUUGAUAGAAGAACAAAUAAACUCGUAGCAAUAAAAAUAAUAGAUCUAGAAAAAGCUCAGGACGAAAUAGAUGAUAUUCAACAAGAAAUAAGGAUCCUAUCGCAAUGCGACAGUCCUUUCAUAACGCAAUAUUACGGAUCCUUUUUAAAAGAUUCUAAAUUGUGGAUAAUUAUGGAAUAUUUAGGAGGCGGUUCGGCUUUAGAUCUGAUGAAAGCGGGAACCUUCGAAGAAACUCACAUAUCUAUAAUUCUUCGUGAAGUUUUAUUUGGUUUAGAUUACCUACACGGUGAAAGGAAGUUACAUCGAGAUGUUAAAGCCGCUAAUAUUCUUUUAAGUGAAAACGGCGAUGUAAAAUUAGCCGAUUUCGGUGUAGCCGGGCAAUUAACUCAUACGAUGGGUAAAAGAAACACUUUCACCGGCACCCCGUUUUGGAUGGCACCAGAAGUUAUUAAACAAAGCUCUUACGAUUAUAAAGCUGAUAUCUGGAGUUUGGGCAUAACUGCUAUAGAAUUGGCUACCGGAGAACCUCCGAACUCCAAACUACAUCCCAUGAAAGUUCUUAGGAUUAUAACGCAAAAUAACGCUCCCAAACUCGAAGGGGACUUUAGUAAACCGUUUAAAGAUUUUGUCGAAAGUUGUUUGAAUAAAAAACCUGAACAUAGACCACCGGCGAAAGAACUACUAAAAACGUCGUUUAUAAAAAAAGCCAAGAGGAAUUAUAUUUUAGUUGAUCUGAUAGAUAAAUAUGUUAAAUGGAAAAUGGAGCAAGUCGAAAAAAUUAGUACAACAUUCAACGAAGAUAUAUACAGCACAACGUCCACGAUGCCCGAUUGGAAUUUAACCGUCAAAGAAAGCGACGAAGAAUUAAAAACUACAUUUAAUAACGAUGUAGAAGUUCGUAGAAAUAAUAUUUUUAAUACUAUAUGCAAUAUUGCAAAUAAUUUGAAAGGUGGAAAAGAAGAAAUAAGCGAUGCAUUCAAAGAUGCCGAAGAUACCUGCCCCGGUAUUACUGAUAGUUUUGUUAAUGAGAUGAUUAAGAAAUUGAUGCCGUCUAUAUCGGACCACAGAUUAGAAGAAGUCAUGGACAAGUUGAAAAUUAUCCAAUGAAUCGAAAUUUUUAAUAUUUAUUUUCAUUGUGCUAUAUUUUUUGGAAAUAUACAAAGCAAACUGUUGUUAUUUUCAAUUUUCUCUAUAAUAACGAGCCAACCAUUAACGAAUUACCAACAAAAGC